AUGGGCGCCUCCGCGUCCAGCUCCGGCGAACGCCGCCGCCGCUGCGGCUCGGCGGCCAUCGUGGCCGACACCGUCAGCGAGCACUUCGACCUCACCAUCGACGGCUACUCCCACAUCAAGGCGAUGCUGCCCACCGGGAAAUGCGCGACGUCGCCGCCGUUCACCGCGGGGGGGCACGAGUGGUGCGUCGACUUCUACCCCAACGGCAAGCUCGCCGCGGCCGGCGACGCCGACAUGAUCCAGUUCUUCCUCCGCCUCCGCCGUGCCGCCAAGGCCAAGGCCGCCGCCGCGGCGGUGGUGGCGCAGGUCAGGUUCGACCUGCUCGGCGACGGCGGGAGCCCGCAGGCGGGCGUCUGCUCCGGCACCGGCAGGGUGCUGAGCUUCGCGGUGGACGGCAGGGGCCAGAGCAUGGUGAUCAGGAGGGACGCGUUCGAGCAGGCGGGCUGCGCCAAGGACGACCGCUUCACCGUCCGCUUCGCCGUGACGAAUUGA